UUCGCGAAAAGCUCCGGCCAUCGCCGCAUCAGUAGCAACCGGACGAUUGGUUCACGAAGAGGGGGGUUGGUUCUUGAGCUGAUAAGUGUGUGCAAGACAGGAGAAAAACCCACGUCGCAUGCUGGACGGACAAUCCUCGCGCUCCUCGACCGCUGGGCAGUUAUCGAUACGGCCGGCGCGGGCUCUGCUGCUGACAACCGACGCGACGGACGGCGGCGACAACGAUAUCAUCUCAGGUGCCGAACUCGACGAGCAAUACGUACCUCCUCCUCCGGUUCGCGCUCUCUCUCUAUAAAUGAGCCAGAAGCUUUCCGAGUUCGGUUUAAUUCCCUUGCGAGCGUCUCGGCGGAUAGACGGCGGAUAUUGGCGUUUGCGUUGCGCGUAUGUUCUCAAGUUGUCCGAGUCCGAGUUGGUCGUCGCGCGUUCUCCGAAUCGUCGGGGAGUUUGAACCCCUGAACCUCGGCGCGGAGGUGUGAAGUGUGUGGCUGGGAGUGCAAACUCAAUCAGAAAAGAAGUGCAAAACGACAUUUCCGCUGGUGUGAUUAUCCUUGAGAAGUGAUUAUACGAGCGAUCGGUGUGGCAGAGCAGUUUACGAUCUCUACCUAUCCAUAGACCAAGUGCCGAGGAGCAAGUGCCGCCAAAAUGCUGAGUGGGUGGCAGUUGAAAGUGUCCAAAUUCUUCAUCAUCCCGCAGCGGGUGAUCUUGGCGAUCUUCGGCUUCCUGGCGAUUCUCAAUGCCUACACGAUGCGAAUCUGCCUCUCGAUCGCCAUCACCGAGAUGGUCAACAAGACUACCUCGGUGGAGGAGGACGAGGGAGUGUGCCCGAUCGAGGACAACGCCAACAUGGAGGACUACACCGGCGGUGAGUUCAACUGGGACCAGGAACUGCAGGGCGUGAUUCUGUCCUCGUUCUACUGGGGUUACGUGAUAACGCAUCUACCGGGCGGCAUUCUGGCGGAGAAAUUCGGCGGCAAGUGGACCCUAAGCUUGGGCAUCCUGUCGACGGCGUUCUUUACGUUGAUCACUCCGUGGGCGGUGGGCAUCGGUGGUUCGACGGCCCUGAUCAUCAUCCGAGUGCUGAUGGGUUUGGGCGAGGGUACGACCUUCCCGGCGCUGAGUGCCCUGCUGGCCUCAUGGAUCCCGCUGAAGGAGCGCAGUAAGUUAGGAUCGCUGGUGUUCGGUGGCGGACAGGUUGGCACCAUUUUGGGCAAUUUGAUCUCUGGAUAUUUGCUGCACAGUUUUGACGGCUGGUCAUCGGUGUUUUACUUCUUCGGAGGCUUGGGAGUUGUAUGGUUCAUUCUGUUUACACUUCUCUGCUACAGUGAUCCUCAGUCGCAUCCCUUCAUCAGUGACAAGGAGAAGGACUUCCUCCAGAAGGAACUGGGAGCACUGACUCGAGACAAAACACUUCCUCCGACACCAUGGCGAUAUAUUCUGACGAGCGUACCGAUGAUUGCUCUGGUUUGUGCUCAGAUUGGUCACGACUGGGGCUUCUUCAUCAUGGUGACUGAUUUGCCCAAGUACAUGAGCGACGUGCUGCGGUUUUCGAUCAAGGACAACGGACUGUACUCCUCACUUCCGUAUCUGGUGAUGUGGAUCGUUUCGCUCUCGACCGGAGUGCUGAGCGAUUGGUUGAUCUCGUCCGGAAAGAUGACGAUCACCUUUGGACGGAAACUGUUCACCACUAUUGCCUCAGCCGGUCCUGCCUUCUUCAUCGUCGGUGCAUCGUACGCCGGUUGCGAUCGAGCGCUAGUCGUUGCCCUCUUCACCAUUGCCAUGGGUCUGAUGGGUACCUUCUACCCGGGAAUGAAGGUCAACCCACUGGAUCUGAGUCCCAACUACGCCGGCAGUUUGAUGGCCGUCACUAACGGUAUCGGAGCCAUCACGGGAAUCAUUGCCCCGUACGUGGUCGGCAUCAUGACUCCGAAUCACUCGUUGGAGGAGUGGCGUAUCGUGUUCUGGAUUUCGUUUGCCGUGUUCCACGUGACCAAUUUGGCGUACGUGAUGUGGGCGUCCGGAGAGGUGCAACCCUGGAAUACGCCCCACCUGAUGAACAAAUCGGUGGAGUCUGGGGACGUGAAUCAGGACACCUUCAGUGAGAAGGAGGCUCCGGCUGCCAUCAAAGCAUCUCACUAGAACAAAGCUAGUUCGUUUGCUGUUUAGUAGUUGUUAUGAAUCCUGUAAUUUAUUCUACCAUAGUCUUAGUAGCUGGAAGAUUAUGCAAUCGGGCAGCACCAAGUGCUGUGAUUUACUAGCCCAGUGGCGUUUCAAGUGAUGGACGUUUGGCUGGAACUUUAUAUUGGCCUGAUUUUAUAGCAUACAGUGUGGAUAGUCCUCGCUGUAUGAAGAAACGUCCGAACCAGUUAAUGAUUAAUGAAUGUUGAGCAGCAAUUCAAAAACGAUCGAACGAUGAAAGUCACUAUUAGUUUGUACCUUUUAGUUAGGAUUUUUCCAUUGUACAUAGAGCCUGUCUUCAGGUGAAGUAUUACGAAUUUAUGAGAACAAACACUAGCGUAGAUCCGGAUCGCCAUCUAACAUGAGGUCAACCAUUCAAUCUACUAUGUCCGAUGAGAUACAUUUUGAGUCUUAAACAAAUUUUGAACAAAACUGUUAUCAUUCUAAGCGUUACAGCUGAA